AAAUGCCACACCAAUGAAAUUCCUGAAAGUCAUUCAUUAAAUGAAAACAACAAGAACGUCAUUCAUUUUUGAUGCGAAAUAAAUUCAUUGUCACAAAUGCUUUGUUAACAAUUGUCAAUCAAAUGCAACAUUUGUACAGAUUGAUUCCCUACGCCAUACAAUUUACAUAUCAUUUUAUCGAUUCGAAAAAGCGUACAAUGCAUGACGGAAAACGUCUCAUUUGACUUGUCUGGAUAACAGUGCAUUUUAUAUAUAGCUCAUGCAAAGUGCUGACCACGAUACUUUCUUUGAUCGAUAUAUACAAAUCGUUAAAUUAAAUGAACUACAAAUACUUGCACUAAUCUGAAAAAGAAGCUGAUUUUUUUUACAAAAAAAAAAAAAACAAUUAAAUUUUGAAGAAUCGACAGUAACGAUAUCCGUGACGUGAAUGUAAGCAACGUAACCGUUAAAUAAGACUUUCUGAUAUUAGUGACGAUUGAAAACAAUGGUGAACAUGUCGAAAGACGUUGAAUUUCAAGAUGUUGUUUACACCGUUAAAGUGAAUUCACGUUCAGUCACCGAUUCGAAAAGAAAGUGUUUACUACAAGGGGUUUCUGGAGUUUUCAAAAAUGGACAAUUAAGUGCCAUUAUGGGUCCCUCUGGAGCGGGAAAAUCUAGCUUGCUGAACGCAAUCUCUGGUUUGAGAACGUCUGGUGUAAGUGGGAAUAUAAUAAGGAAUCGAAAGACAUCAUGUUAUUUGACACAGGAAGAUUAUCACCAGCCAUACCUGAGUGUCAUUGAACUUAUGCAAAUGGCAUGCAACUUAAAAUUAAAGCCAAAUACAGAUCAUGAGCCGGUUAUUAAUGAAAUUUUGAAAAAUCUGAACUUAAAUCAUCGCCGAACCAACUACGCUAAUCAAUUGAGUGGCGGCGAACGACGUCGUUUAUCAAUCGCACUUGAAUUGGUCGCAAAUCCGACGAUAUUUUUUUUAGAUGAACCGACGAGCGGUUUGGACGAAGUAACAGCAUCUCAAUGCAUUCGCUUAUUGAAAAAUUUAGCCAAACAGAACCGAACGGUUGUGUGCACAAUACAUCAGCCAUCCGCAACCACAUUCGCUUUAUUCGAUCAUAUAUUUGUGUUGGCGCGUGGUCAAUGUGUAUUCCAAGGUGGACCAACGGUUUUAGUACCAUUUCUGAGUAAAUUAAAUCUUCACUGUCCAACAUACUACAAUCCAUCGGAUUAUAUAAUCGAAUUAUGCGAUAGCGAUGAUGGUACAAUUGUAACAGCCUUAUCACGCGAAACGAACAAUGGAAAAUUGAUGUGUUCGAUUGAUAAUGUCGAAUGCGUUGGCAACCAUUUGAGCGAUGUUCUUGCUGAUGUAUCAUUAAAUAUGAAAAAUGCUGUGACAUCAAUGUUUCUGGAGAAACCAAAAUCAAAGAGCCGAGCUUUACUCGAAAAAAUGAAAGCCUUAACGAAAUUCAUGCAGAAUGAUCAUGCUGUAUCAGGUUUUCGGCAAUUUUCCGUUCUCUUCUCAAUUAUGAUGUUGAAAAUUUGGCGAAAUAAAUCGGUUCUUCUCAUUCAACUCUUUCAUCAUGUAUUUUGCGGUGUCAUUUUUGGUUUAAUAUUUUUCAAGGCUGCUAACGAUGGCGAAAGAAUGUUUGAUCAUUUAAAAUUUUGCAUCGGAAUUGUAUUCUUUUUGGCCUAUACACAAAUGAUAGUUCCUAUUUUAGCAUAUCCAAGUGAGGUGAAGCUACUGAAAAAGGAGUGUUUCAAUCGUUGGUAUGCACUUUUGCCAUACUAUACCGCAUUGACCUUGUCUCGAAUUCCAUUCCAGAUAUUAUUCAACUUAAUAUUUUUGGGAUUGACUUAUUCGAUGAGUGGUCUACCGGUUGAAUAUUUCCGUUUUGGUUUAUAUGCUAUUAUUGGCCUAAUUGUUUCAUUUGUAGCUGAAGGUAUGGGCCUUGCAAUCGGAGCAACAUUCAGUAUAACGAAUGGUAGUGUUGUUGGACCAUUGCUAAUUGCGCCGCUUCUUGGUUUGGCGAUUUAUGGAUUUGACUUUGCCGCCGAUAUUCCAAUGGCUAUGUAUACAAUUAUGAAAAUGUCGUUUGUUCGUGUUGGAGUUGUGUCACUUGUGCUAUCUGUUUUCGGAUAUGAUCGAGCUCAAUUAGACUGUGGCGAUGUCUAUUGUCAUUUUGACGAUCCAAAAGUGUUGCUUCGAUUUUUGCGUAUUGAAAAAGUUUAUCUAUGGAAUGAAGUGGCAUUCUUAGUAAUGUACAUUGUCAUUUUUCGUACAAUAUUAUAUUUGUCUUUGAAGCGUCGAAUUUUGAGUUAAACGAAUAUAUAAAAUCACAAAAAUUCAUAUUCACACGACUUCAUUCCAUAGGAAAAUUCAUUCGGAAAAUUUUGAUUUUCAAUUGUUAUCAUUUUUUUUUUGUUUAAACAUUCACAAUGACAUAAGGAUAAUGUAAUAUAACUAAAUAGAAAUAAUCAGAGCAAACAAAGAUUCAUAUUUGAAAAAUUCGCCACAGGAAGAUUGAACAUGGGACAAAAUCGGGGCGAUAGAUUUUUUUCAUAAUUUUUCGAUAGAUUCUUACACAAAAUCAUUAAUUUCCAUCAUAAAAAGAUCCUUCUUGUUUUUUCCACCCAAUAGUGGGCGAUGUUCUACAUUAAUUAGGAAACAUCUAUUUAUAACCAACCAAUAAUCAUAUUAUAUAUAGCAAAAUUGCAUAAGUCGAUAAUGAGAAUGUGACCAGUCACAGUCAUUUAUUGUUAUUGUUUGCAUUCAUGCAUUCAAAACUAUGCCAAAUUGUAUAUGAAGUUUUAUUUAUUAAUGAUUGAUUCGAUUCACCGUCAAUUUGCUUGCUUUACUUACACUGUGAUAAUAUUUUCUCAUUAAAAAAUCAUGUAAUUUUUAUACGCAAAUAUUUGAGCUGAAUUCAAAUGACGGCAGGAGUGAUCAAUAAAGUUUUAUUUUAAUAGAGUGAUAUGGUUUAAGCAUUUUUAAGGUUAUUGUUUUUCAUACAUUAGCUCUGUUUAAAAGAAAUAAAAAUAAUUCCAGAAAAGAAA